GUAUUUCAGCCAUGCAGGAGGAGGAGGAGGAGGAAUCGGAAGCAACCUCGGUAUCUUCUGGAGACAGUAGCCCCGCGACCCCAUCUGCCAAUGGCUAUCCUGGUCCCCAGAGCAAAGACCCCAAACUGGCCACUGCUGUGGAACAGGUGGAUGAUGUUGGAGAGGGAGGGCAGGAUCGCCUCAGCUCUUCCCAGGUUCCCAGCCCCGAAUGGCACGAAUGCCCCGAGUGUGGGCGUGGCUUUGGCACAUCUCGGGCCCUGAAGGUGCACCGUAGCUACCACGUGGGGCGCAAAAGGCCACACAGUGGCUCCUCUUCAACCAAGCCACCCCCACCUCCACUGAUCUUGCCGGGAAAUCCUGACAGCCAGGAAGGGCGGACGGCCCUGACUUCCGGCCGGGGCAGAGCUUUUCACUACAUCUGUGCUGAGUGUGGCGUGGGCUUUACCUCUCCUGCCACGCUGGAGGGCCACCGCUGCGAACACAGCUGGCGCAGAAGCCCUCCAGCCCCUCCUCGUAAUAAGCUGGCUCCUCCUCCUGCUGCUCCCAGAGAGGCUAACGGGGAUCAGGACACAGAUGGGGCUGACGGACCAUACCACUGUACGGAGUGCCCGGGGGAAUUUGGCUUGGUAUCCGAACUUCACGAGCACUACAUGCUCCAUGCUCGGGGAGAGCUGUAGAUUGGCCUUCAGCCCUUCCCCCCCCCCCACACAUCCCGCUUCCAUUUCCCUGUUGUCAUAAGUGGCCCCUGCUAAGGGAUCUUUCCUGCUAAGAAAGCUCAAAAGUGAAACCUUCUUUUACUUUAAUUCCUUUUUAAAAAAACAAACAAAAAGACACAUUUCUAUAUUUCUGAAAUGAAUUUAGCUUUGGAACGAGGAGAGGCAGGACCUUGAGGGCAAUUGCUGGCGGGGAGUGCAGUGACUUAAAAGCCCAUCUGCAGGAAGAAGUGAAGUUUCCCCUUGUCCCUGCCCUUUCAGUGAUCUGGAUCUGACAGUCCCUAAAAUAUUCUUUAACCCCCCCCCCCAAACCGAGAUCCUUUUCAUGAACUUUUGUAACAGUAGCACUAGCAGGAUUGCGCCCUGCAGGUCCGUUUCAUUAACAGAACAGGGGUUGUCUUAUGCCAGACACACCCCAAAGGGGGGGGGGGGAGGCAGGAGAUCGUAAGAGACGAAUCGUUUGUCCGUAUGCCCGGCGAGAUCCUGCUUCCCCAGACAAUCCCUUCUCAGCCGGGGUCCCGUUUUCAUUGUCGUUAUGUUGGCACCUGGGUGGCCCAUGCCGAAGUACAGAAGCUGUAUUCCGUUUGUGUGUGCGUGCGUGUUGUGUGUUUGGCUUUUAAAGAAAAAACAGCUCCUGGGAGUGGCACCCGACCCGCCUAACUCAUGAAUUCUAACAAUAUCCCUUCACGGUAGUAGUUGGGAGAGAACGGUUUAAUAAAAACGGUUCUGUCUGACCCUUUUA